UCGCCACUUCCUGGUAUGCUUUAUCCAAGAGAAAGUGAAUCGCGAGAGCUGAAAACUCUAGACGGUAUGUGGGAUUUCGUUGUAUCCCCAUCGGGAGAUGCACUCAAGGGCUACAAGGAAGCAUGGUUUGCCAACGAUUUAUCCAAGGCAGGAAAAGUAAUGCAAAUGCCAGUUCCUUCGUCCUAUAAUGAUAUCACCACCUCGAGAGAACUCAGGGACCACAUCGGGGCUGUUUGGUAUCAACGAACAUUCUUCGUGCCCCCUUCUUGGCGAGAGCAAAGGGUUUUUGUCAGAUUUGGCUCAGUGAAUUACCUUGCGGAAGUAUGGGUAAAUGGUGGUCUCGUAACCAACCACGAAAUGGGUCAUCUGCCAUUUGAAGCGGAGAUCUCUUCUUAUCUCCUUUACGGUGGUAAAAAUCGCAUUACAGUGGCUGUGGAUAAUACACUGCUGCAAACAAGCGUGCCGCAAGGAAGAAUUAUCGACACUGCCGUCGACAACGGAACUAUACAUACACAAACUUACACUUUCGAUUUCUUCAACUAUGCCGGCAUCCACAGGCCCGUUUUACUGCACACGAAACCGCGUGUAUAUGUCACGGAUAUCACGGUAAGGACCGGGUUAAUUGGUGAUAUAGGUAUUGUGAAAUACAUCAUCCAACCGGCUGGUUUACACGAGCACGAAACUCCAAUCUGCAGAGUAAGCCUGCUCGACGCUGAGGAUUCUCUAGCCAUAAAGGAUCCGGUUUAUGGAUUUUCCGGUACGCUGAAAGUACCAUUCGCAAAACUCUGGUGGCCCAGGGGUAUGAGUCCUAGCCCGGGAUACAUGUACAACCUAGAGGUCACCUUAACCGUGGCGAACGACACCAAAGUAGAUAUCUAUAGACUACCGAUUGGAAUCAGAACGUUGAUCUGGACCAAUACCAGUUUCCUGCUUAACGAUAAACCGGUGUACAUGAGGGGAUUUGGUAGACAUGAAGAUUCAUCUCUAAGAGGACGGGGUUUGGAUUUAGUGACGAUGACUAGGGAUCACGAGUUGUUGCAAUGGGUCGGUGCGAAUGCUUACAGGACAAGCCAUUAUCCUUACAGCGACGAAGUACUCGACUUGGCUGAUCGAUUGGGCUUCCUAAUUAUCAAUGAAUGUCCGUCCGUGGACACAGAAAACUUCUCGCCGAUCCUGCUAGCCCGUCACAAGGACUCGUUAUCGGAGCUUAUACGGAGAGACAAAAAUCGUCCUUCGGUAAUCAUGUGGUCCAUCGCUAACGAGCCAAGAACCCAACUGCCUGAAGCCGGAGAGUAUUUUAAACAAGUCGCCCAUCACACCAAAGCACUCGAUCCUACCAGGCCGGUUACCAUUGCAUUGUCGCGUGCAGUUCAGGAAGAUAAGGCAGGUGAAUAUCUUGAUGUGAUCAGCUUUAACCGCUAUAAUGCUUGGUACAAUAACCCGGGCCGUCUCGAUGCGAUUACGAACAGAGUCAUCGGUGAAGCUGAAGCAUGGCACAGAAAAUAUAAUAAGCCGGUGCUUAUGUCCGAAUACGGUGCUGAUACUAUGCCCGGUUUACACGAGCUUCCCGAAUAUGUAUGGAGUGAAGAAUAUCAAAAAGAAAUAUUUUCAAAACACUUCGAAGCAUUCGACCGAUUGAGGAACGAAGGUUUCUUUAUCGGUGAAUUUAUUUGGAAUUUCGCUGACUUUCGAACAGCUCAAACAUACAUAAGGGUUGGUGGUAAUAAGAAAGGAAUAUUUACAAGAGACAGACAACCAAAAAUGGCAGCUUAUCAUGUCAGAAAAAGAUAUUAUGCCCUUCAAAAAGAACUAGACGGAACAGAGAUACCAACCGAUCUCGAGAAUUAUAUUUCGUUUCGUCAUUCUCAACAUUCAGAGCUUUAA